AUAAAUGAAGAUAUAAACAUAAUAUAAUAUGAGAAUGAUAUUAAUGAGAUAUAUUUUAGUGAUUCUUUUUUCUCUUUUCAUUUUUUUCUUUUUCUAUAUUUAUAUCGAUACGUUUACUUAUAUCAUAUAUCCAUCUACCUAUAUAUUAUACAUUACCUGUACCCAUCAAUAUUUAUAUCUAUCUAUAUAUUAUACAUUACCUGUACCUAUCAAUAUUUAUUUAUCCAUUACCUCUACCUAUCAAUAUUCAUUCAUUCACCUAUUAUCUAUACUUAUUAAUAUUCAUUUACCUAUAUUACCUCUCUCUAUCAAUAUUUAUUCACCCAUUAUCUGUACUUAUUAAUAUUUGUUUACCUAUUACCUCUACUUAUCAAUAUUUAUGUACCCAUUACCUAUACCUAUCGA